GUGAGUGAUGGGGAGCAGAAGAACAGUGCUGUUUGUUGUGGAGGGAAGCUGUUAGUGCUAGUUUAGCUUUAGCUGUAGCAGGAGAUUCUCGUGUUUUACUCCCAGGUUUUUAGUGCGUGCGUGUGUUAAAUCGCGGCUGCCUCAGUGAGUCGUUUUGUUGACGUGAGUUGAUGAGAUGGCGUACCAGCUGUACAGGAACACCACGCUGGGAAACAGUCUGCAGGAGAGUCUGGACGAGCUCAUCCAGACCCAGCAGAUCACCCCUCAGCUGGCUCUCCAGGUGCUGUUGCAGUUUGAUAAAGCCAUCAAUACAGCACUGGCCAACCGUGUCCGCAACAGAGUCAACUUCAGAGGCUCCCUGAACACCUACAGGUUUUGUGAUAAUGUGUGGACGUUUGUUCUGAACGAUGUGGAGUUCCGAGAGGUCACAGAUUUGGUCAAAGUGGACAAAGUCAAGAUUGUGGCAUGUGACGGCAAAAAUUCUGGCUCAAAUGCGCCGGAGUGACGCUCUCAGGACUUGUGUUUGGACCUUUAUUUUAUUUAUUGGAGCAGAGGCACUGCUGUGUGUGAGCGUGUGCAUGUGGGCAUGUGCACGUGACCAGUCUGUGCACAUCACACUUUCUUUUUUUACAGAAUCAUUUGACACCAUGCUUGUGUUGGGCUUGCUAUUAUCGAGCUGCAUUAUCUUUAAUAAAAAUAUGUACAAAUUA